AUGGCGACAGCCAGGAGCCUGGGCCUCCUGCUCUUUCUGCUACUGGGAUCAGAGGAACCAGAGUAUGCUGAGACCACUGAAAGACCAAGGAACGUUUGCCUGCUCAAGGGGGACCAUGAGUAUGACAAGUUUGACUUGAAUGACAUUGCUGAAUGCUUCACCACGUGCGGGCCGUCAGAGAACAUCUCCUGUGAUGUGGGGAAGUUGCAGAGAUACUGGCUGAACUUUGAGUCCUACCUGCUGGAGAAUUCCAAGGAGACUGUGGACAUGCCUUUUGUUAAGGCCUUGAUCCAGAACAUCAGCACAGACGUCUCAGAAGACCUGCUCUUCUCUCUGACGCCCUCCCAGAUCCCAAAGCAGGUGAUGCAGGGUGAGGACCAGCCCACUGACAGAGUCCGACUUCCCAAGAGCCUGUUUGGAGCCCUCCUGCCUGGCAACAGGUCUGCUGUCCGGUUGGCCAUAACUAUUCUGGACAUUGGUAUGGGGAAUGUCUUUAAGGGACCCAAGCUCCUCCAGGACAACGGCAGCAGCGUGCUGAACAACCGCAUGGUGGGCCUGAGUGUGGGCCAGACGCACGCCAUGGGGCUAUCGGAGCCAGUGGAGAUCACCUUCUCCCACAAGCGUCAGCCACCUAAUAUGAUCCUCACUUGUGUAUUCUGGAAUGUGGUUAAAGGAGACUGGGAUUCCCAAGGCUGCUCCACAGAGCUCGGGGACGAGAGGACUGUCUGCCGCUGCGACCACUUGACCUUCUUCGCCUUGCUGCUGAGGCCGAUCUUGGACCUGGCCACGGCACAGGCUCUCACUCGCAUCUCCCAAGCAGGCUGUGGAGUCUCCAUGAUCUUCCUGGCCUUCACCAUUGUUUUCUAUGUGGCCCUCAGGCUCUCUCUGCAGAGGUUCAAGUCUGAAGAUGCCCCUAAGAUCCACAUGGCUCUGAGCAGCAGCCUAUUUCUCCUGAACCUUACCUUCUUGAUCAGUGUGGGGAGCGGCUCUCAAGGCCCCCCAUCUUCCUGCGGGUUCCGAGCUACCAUCUUCCAUUACUUCCUGCUGUGUGUCUUCACCUGGAUGGGCCUGGAGGCCUUCCACCUCUACCUGCUGGUCAUCAGGGUCUUCAAUACCUACUUUGGACACUACUUCCUGAAGCUGAGCCUGCUGGGAUGGGGCCUGCCUGCUCUUGUGGUCAUUGGUGUUGGGAGUAGCAACAGUUACGGUGUUUACGCUAUCCGUGACCAGGAGAACCGCACCUCGCUGGAGCUGUGCUGGUUCCAGAAAGAACCUGCCCUGUAUGCCACUGUCCACGGCUACUUCCUCGUCAGCUUCCUCUUUGGAGCUGUGGUGCUGGCUGUGGUGGCCUGGAAGAUCUUCACGCUGCCCAGUGUCACAGCGGGCAAAGAACAGGGGCAGACCUGGAGGUCGGUCUUCACUGUUCUGGGCCUCUCCAGCCUGGUGGGCAUGACCUGGGGGCUGGCUGUGCUCACGCCCCUGGGGUUGUCCACCAUUUACAUCUUUGCCCUCUUCAACUCCCUGCAAGGCGUCUUCAUCUUCUGCUGGUUCAUCAUCCUCUACUUCCCGAGGCAGAGCACCACAGCCCCCUCCUCUGGCACUGCCCGCCUUGGCCAGGCCCACUCCAUGUCACAAGACUAG